AUGCUGUUUAUUCCAUUAGUGAGUUGUAGCCCUAAAGGUACGUUUUAUUAUGUUUUUGAUGACAAAAUAGUUAAUGUAGAAGCAUCAGGCUCAUCUAAACAGUAUCAUAAUGGAUCUUCUCAAUAUAUGAAACCGGAAUAUUCCAUUUAUCCAUGGGAUAAGCAUUAUGAUUGGUGUUCUAAUUGCGAGGAAACAUAUGAUAUUCAUCCAUGGAUUACAUUUUCGUUGCAAACCAAGAAACUCAAAUUCGAUAGUUAUUUUAUUCGUGCAGGCUGCUGUCGCGAGGAUUGCUGUUGUGAAAAUGAAAUUCAUGGCUACUGUGUUGAAUGUUGUUUGUACUCUUGGUCUCUACAGAUCUCAAAUGACAAUGAAACUUGGGCCGAAAUCCACAAAGUCGUGAAAGACGAAGAAUUAAGGAGAUGCAAUGAAAAGACAUACAAAUUGGAUAGAAUGUAUGAAGCAAAAUUCGUAAGGCUAAUACAGAAUGAAGCUUGCCCUGAAGAUCCCCCAUGCAUUGCCAUCAACAAAUUUGAGUUUAUUGGAGAGCGUUUUGAUGAUCAAAUGGACCCACUCGAAAAGAGAUUUAUCGGGAAAGAAGAAGACAAUGAAGAUAUAAGUAUAAUUGGCCAAAUAUCAAGAAAUGGAAUUGUGAAAAUAAAUUAA